AUGAAAAUGCAGUUCUCCAAGAUCUUCCUUCCCCUCGCCGUCGCCACCACCGGCCUUGCUGCCCCCGCCCAGGUGGACACUGCCCCCGUCCUUGUCGACCGCCAGGUCACCCUUCCUCCAGUGGACGUCAACACCUGCGUCAACAGCCUCGUCGGCAUCCCUCUCUUCCAGGCUCUUUGCUUGCUUGGAGCCAUUCCAACUUUGAACCUCAGCAAUAUCGCAGCCUGCCUUGGCCGUGUCACCAACAUCGCUCCUCUUUGCGGCUGUGUCGAAUUACUCCCUGCUCUGGGACCCGUUUUGGGCAGCUUUUGCUAAAUGCUCCUCAAACCAACAGGGCAAGGCUCCGAGCACUGAAGCGCACAAGCCGCUGGGAGGACUGUGAAUAAUGGGAACGGUGAAUAGGGGAUUUAUGGGUUGAUGAUCAUAUCUUGAGACGAGCCUGGGACUGCUGGUUGGGAUGGAUAUAAGAUAUGACAGAUUUACCGACACUCCUCCAUGAACUCUUCUUUGUUUAAUCUUGUCAGGAUGAUCAUUACUAGCCACUCAUUACAUAUCAUUAUCACAUGUGGUGAUUUUUGAAAC